AUGAGCUACAUCGCCCGCCGAGGUCUCUCGACCUUGAUUCCCCCCAAGAUCGCUUCUCCUAAUGCCAUCGGUGCCGCUAAGGAUGCCGCUCGCAUGGAGCGCGUUGUGAACUUCUACGCCAGACUCCCUCGUGGUUCCGCUCCUGAGGUUAAGCCCACUGGCCUCAUUGGACGCUACCAGGCUCGUUACUUCGGCAAGAACCCUUCUGCUGCUCCUCUUGCCCACGCCAUUGGUGGUAUCCUUCUCAUCGGCUACAGCAUGGAGUACUACUUCCAUCUUCGCCAUCACAAGAACCACCCUCACUAA